CGGCAAUCAAAGCAGCAAGUAAGUGGCUGGGAGGGGAAGAGGUCGUUGUCCUUUGCGCCGACGACGUGAAACCCAGCAACUGACAAGGAUUGAAAGCAAUAACAAGGUAUGGAAGCUCUGUUUGUGGACAAAAAUGGGCAGAGGCGAAAACACAGAGUUGGGUGGAAUUUGGGAAUGGAGACCAAAGAAAGAGAGGAGAGAAAGCAUGGAUUCAUCCAAAAAGACAGGUGAUUGACUCUUUAUUCCUUUAUGGCGAAUGUCAAUAUUCGUGUA